AGCAGCGCUCGGGGUCACUUUGGGAGCUGCUGAGAGGGAAGGGGCAGCACUGGCCGCUCGCCGCCUGGAAUUCUGCCUGCACUGCUGCAGCCCUGCACACCGUUCCUCUCCUGCCGGCCAUGGGGUGUCCACGUCCCUGCACCUCCCAGGCCUUGCUCCCCACUCUGGUCGCUGUGCUCCCCACAGCCCCUGCCUGGUUUUGGGAUUCACCAGGGCCACUGGCCCCCAUGCCGGAUGUUUUUGUUAUAAACUAUGUUUGAUUCACCUUGUGCUGCUGACAGGUGACAGACUGGGUUGACAAGUGCUGUGUGUCCCGUACUGUGCCCCAUGUGUGUCCUCAGGGCUCACCCCACACUCAGUUGAGUUUCAGUUCCUGUAUUUUCUCUAUUUAAUUACCUCAAAGAAAUGCAUUAUGCAGCAGUGUUGGUAAACAAGGCAGAACAGUAUUUCCCCAGCACUCUGUACUUUGGCCUCCCCGGGCAGUGCCAGCAGCAUGUCCAGGGCCUGGGGUGGCCAUGGGGGCAGGGUCCAGGCCCAGGGGUGCCCGGUGUGGCCGCACUGCCUGCGCUGCCCGGUGUGUGGGGCCCCCCGAUGGCAGCAGGGAGGUGAGGUCUGGGCGAUCUGCUCCUCCUUGAGGUGCUCCCCAUGGCUAGGGGGGAUGGGGAGCCGUAUGCUUAGGCCAGGCCUGCUGGGGGGGACCCGGGUUGAUUUUUCUUCCUCUUCCUCAGGACUCCUGAGGGUCUGUCCUGUUGGCCAUUGCGGUGCUUCGGGCUGGGGCAGAGUUAAUGUUCCUCCCAGGGGCUGCUCUGGGGCUGUGUUUUGGGUUUGUGCCGAACACGGGGUUGAUGACACAGAGGUGUUUUGUUAGUGCUGAGCUUGCCCAGAGCCAAGGCCUUUCCUGCCCCUCAUACGGCCGUGCUGGGGAGGGAUUUGGGAGUGUGUGGGAGGCUGGGAGGAGACCUGGCAGGGACAGGUGACCCCAAGUGACCAAUGGGGUAUUCCAGAGCAUGUGACAUAAAUGGAUGGACGAAGGCGGAAGGAGGGGACAUUUGGAAUUGAUGGUGUUUCUCUGCUCCAUGUGAAGGGGUCCUGCUCUCCUGGAGGUGUGAGACACAGAAGCAAAGGAGCUGCCACUGGAGCUGCUGCCCAAGAAGCAGUCUCUGCCAAGAUGUCCAAGAAGAAGCCAACUCCAGAUGAGGAACUCAAGAAGGAGACAAUUUCAGAUGAGGAAUCUGGGAAGGAGACUCCUAGUGAUGAACCUAAGAAGGAGACAAUUUCAGAUGAGGAAUCUGGGGAGGAGACAACUCCUGGUGAUGAACCCAAGGAUGAGGCUGGUCCAGGGAAGAAACAGGAAGUCAUUGGAGUUGCCAUUGGAGCCACAGCGGGAGCAGCCGUGGCACUGGUUGGCAUCCCGGUGUUCAUCGGCGCACUGGGGUUCACAGGAGCUGGCAUCGCCGCUGGCUCCAUUGCUGCCAAGAUGAUGUCGGCAGCUGCCAUCGCCAACGGCGGCGGAGUGGCCGCCGGCAGCACCGUGGCUGUGCUGCAGUCGAUCGGAGCUGCAGGUUUCUCUAUUGGUACCAAAAUUGGGCUGACAUCUGCCCUGAGCACAGUUGGUGGAGCAAGCGGUGCCUGGGUGUCCAGGUGGAAGAAACCUCCAAGUGACAAACCCAAGAAAACUAACUCGUGUGACAAACAUGAGGAGAAGACAACUCCAAAUGAGGAACCCAAGAGAAGCCAAGCAGGUGCCUGAUCCCAAGGCCUUGCCAUGCAUGAUGGCAGGUGCUGGGAAACCCCCACUGACACCUCAGAGCCUUGCCUCUCCUUUUAAAAGCUUUGGAUUCUCCUGAGCAACGAGUGCCCUGAAGCCAAUAAAGGUGCUUUGCCUGCA